AUGAUGUCCACUACUUUAGAGCGAACAAAAACGCCUAAUCCAUUUAAACAAAUUGAUGCAAGUUUAUUUCUGAAUGAAGCAACGAGAAUGAAAUUAAAACGUUUAUUUAAUCAAUUAGAUACGGACAAGGACGGACAUUUAACUUAUCCACAAGUGAAGAAAUGUUUACCGGCUAAUAUGGAACGAGCACAAGAGACAUUUUUUAAAGUGAAAAUUAUAACGAGAUAUAAUUUUAGUCCAAUGUUGUGGCAGCUUCUUGACGAUAUUGACUUUAAUCAUUAUCGUGAAGACAUGUUAGAAUAUAUUAUUGAAUUUGAUGCAUGUGAAAGACAAAGUGUUUACAAUCUGACACAAAUAAUUUCAUUUGAAGGUCUUAUAUCAAUUAUAUCAUCUCGUACAAAUAAUUCAAAUUGGUUUCAUAUAAAACGUGUCUAUGAUGAAUUUCUACGUUUUAUUCCACGUUCAUCAUCUAAUUCUAACGCACUACUAACACAUAUUUCUCGUCUUGAUUACAUUUCAUAUAUACCAUUAUUUUUAUAUGUCGAAUCGCUUAGUUCAUCAUAUGAAAAACGUCAGCAAAGAGAUGAUGAAACGACGAUAGAAGCACGAAAAAAUGUUCAAGGAACACUAUCAGCAAAUAAUAUUAGAAAUGACGCAUUCACAUUAUCCGUCUCUGAUGAGGAUAAAUUGAAAGACAAAAAAUCGAAUUUGCCUCAUCCUCAAACAACAACAACAAAAACAGCAAUAGUUAAAAAUCCUCAAAAAACUCAACAACAAUUGAUAAAAAAUGAACAAUAUACACAACAAGAACAAUCUUAUAAAUUAAUACCACAGCGAAUAUCUCGUCCACCUGUUUUAACAUUUGAUGAAGUGCCUCAUUUUCUUCAAAAUAAAGAAGAUGUAUUUCAACGAGGACGCAUAAAUCAAUUUAUUCCGAGAUCAAUAAAUAUCCGUCGUACAACACCGCCAAGUAUUCUACGAUCGACCGCCGAUAUUCAACCACCAACACAUUAUACAAUAUUAAAUUCAAUUAAAAUGGAUCGAGACACAUCGAUUAUGUUAACACCAGUGCAUGGAUCUGUUAUUAAUAGUCAAUUUGUUGAAGAUAAUUCAGCGACAAAUGCAUCAUUAAGUCUUUCAAUUUUAGAUUCUAUACCAAAAUACUGCAUUUAUGUUGCUAUUGUGGUUUUUAUUAUCACUUGUGUCAUUAUUAGUAUGGUAGCUAUUAUUAAAAAGUAA